CCACCUAGUUUAUUUCUAAUUACUCUAGCGGCGAUCGAUUUAACGCUGGGCUUAACGUUACCUUUUUCUAUCGUCACUUUGUUUCAUUCAACCCGUUGGAUUUUAGGCAGUUUUAUGUGCCAAUUAGUUGGCUAUUUGAAUUUAGUUUGCGGUAUUCUAUCUGUCCACACUUUGGCAGCUAUUGCCUAUGAUAGAUAUGUAACAAUUCAGAGUUUUCGUCGCCGAUCCGUUCGCAAAAGUAAGAGGACAGUGGCUAUCCUCAUUUUUAUGUGGCUAUUUGCAUUAUCAACUGGCGUUGGACCACUAGUCGGUUGGGGGAAAUACGGCCAUCUCCAAAAUGAAACAACGUGCAAAGUCGAUUAUAAUUCGAGUCCAAGUUUUACAUUAUUUCUUGCUGUUACCGGUUAUGCUCUACCUUUAGUAAUAAUGGUUAUUUGCUACAGUCAUGUUUAUCAUAACGUUAGGAAAGCGACCAAAUCGAUU